ACGACGAUAACGUUGCUCAUGUUCUCGUGUUUGUGUUUCUUCUCACACAAUCCCCUUUCACUACUUCACUCCCAAUAGCUAGCUUCUCCAUGGAGGCCAGGAUCUCUUCCUCUCUUGGCCUCCCAUCUCCCAAACCCCACGAUUCCUUAACCCUCAUCACCGAUUUCCCCGCCCUCCUCAACCACUUCACCGCCACCACCACCACCACCGCCCUCCCCUUCGCCUCAACCUCCGACCCGACCCGCACCCCAAAAUGGCCCCGACCCGAAUUCCGCCCCUCCCCUAACUCCCAAACCCUCACAAAAUCCCUCUCCGUCCUCGAGCGCGCCCUCAUCGGCGCCGGCGGUGGCGGCAUCGCCGGCGCCUUCACCUACGCCUGCCUCCACCCACUCGACACCAUCAAAACCAAGAUGCAGACCAAAGGCGCCUCGGUUCUUUACAAGAACGCCCUCGACGCUGUCGCCAAGACCUUCGCCGCGAACGGCAUCCUCGGCUUCUACAGCGGCUUCUCUGCGGUGGUUGUCGGCUCCACCGCCUCCUCCGCCGUCUACUUCGGCACCUGCGAGUUCGCCAAGUCGUUUCUCUCCAAGCUCGAUAACUACCCCGCCGUUCUGAUCCCACCCACCGCCGGCGCCAUGGGAAACGUGGUGUCCUCCGCGAUUAUGGUCCCCAAGGAGCUCAUCACGCAGCGAAUGCAAGCCGGCGCGAAGGGAAGGUCGUGGCAGGUUCUGGUGAAGAUCCUCCAGAACGACGGCGUAAUGGGUCUCUACGCCGGGUACUCCGCCACGUUGCUGAGGAAUUUACCAGCUGGGGUUCUGAGUUACUCAUCGUUUGAAUACCUUAAAGCUUUGGUGCUGAGCAAGACGGAGAAGAAUCACCUGGAACCGGUGCAGAGCGUGCUGUGUGGGGCGCUAGCGGGUGCGAUUUCUGCGUCGCUGACGACGCCGUUGGAUGUGGUGAAGACGAGGUUGAUGACGCAGGGGCAUGUGGAGGCGGUGAGCAAGGUUGCGACGGUCAUGUAUGGCGGCGUUCCGGCCACCGUGAGGCAGAUUCUGGCGGAGGAAGGGUGGGUUGGGCUGACACGUGGAAUGGGACCGAGGGUUCUUCAUAGUGCUUGUUUUUCUGCUUUGGGGUACUUUGCUUUUGAAACUGCGAGGCUUGCUAUACUGCAGGAGUAUGUGAGAAGAAGGGAGUUGAAUGAAGUGGCUGUUUCUCCUACCUGAGUUGAUUGCAUUUGUGCGGUACUUUAGAUUCUGCUUCAUACAUUCUUGUUAAAUUUAUCUUUGGAUUUUGCUUGUUCUUUUUUUGUUUGGUGUUUACAUAAGGCUUUUCAAUGGUAAGUCAAAUAAUUUUUCAACGCAAUAUAAUAUUCUCCCCUGUCCCUUUUUGUA